AUGUACUUUCCCCCUCUAUAAAUAUGCUGCUUUGAUCCCAUUCCAUUCCAAUACAAUACAAUUCAUUUGCUUUACACCAUGCCAACCAAAGCCGCACACCGUGAUCCACAUCCAGUUCACCAAGUACCAAACCAAUAAGCCACUACAACAUAACCUCAAAUUACGCCAAACCUCACGAUGACAUCUAAACCCAUCUUUAACGCCGUUGACAAUGCCUUCCUCACGGAACGGAAUCUUGUGAAGCCAGCGGUAAAUAGAAGGAGGCUAAUUGCAUCCUCCCUCUCACACUCCGAGCCGCUCUCCUCCUCCGAAUCUGGGGGGUCAGAAGACCCAGCAGUAGAUGCUAGAGUCUAUACCUUGAUACCAGAAUUUCUUCACAGCAAGGAGACACUGGAAUGGCUCGGUUGGACCUCCCAGAAAGCUGCUGAAAUAUGGGCACGAUGGACAACAAUCAAUUCAGUCGAAGUGUGGGACGAUGUUGUACUUGAAGUAGAAUUUCUCGAACAUGCUACCGGCCACAUCCCCUAUAACGAGCUCGAAGACAGUGCAGGCGACUGGGAAGAACACAUGCGGGAUUGGGGCGUUAGUUCAGAACUCAUCAACGCUAUUAUGGAUGCCGAGUUUUCGAAUGUGAGGUUGACAGAGUCGGCUCAUCACUGGGUCAGAGAUACCAUGGAGAUACGAUAUUUAAGUCUGGAGCGGAUAAUGAGAGAUAGCGACUCGAGAGCGGAGAAUAGAGACACCCUCAAUACUAGUGUCGUAACCGACACGGCCUCAGGGACAUCCAAUGUCCCAGGUCACCUAACCUUGUACAAGGCCAUCUCCACAGACCGAGUAAGAAGGGAUAGAGAGGGCAAUAUUGAAAUUGACUCUCUAGUGAGUGGGACUCCGAGCGACUUCCGAGGCAUUGGAGGCACAAUGCUUUACUUUGCGCCAGAUCUCAAGGCCGCUGAGCAUUAUCGUAAUUAUAUAAAACGCCGAGCAACAACUUCACCAGCGUUGAUAAUCCGAUUGAGUCUGCCUAACGCCUUCAUAGAGGGGCUUCCACCACACAUAAUCGAGUUUGGUGACUUUUGGAGGCAGGCCAUCCACACCUGUCGUUCUGGUCGUAAUUUGAAGGGCAACUUAAAGUAUCUUCAUACGCUGCCUCUCAUCAUAACUCCGAUAGCCCAUUCACCAAAUAUAGCUAUUGCAAGGCUUCAAGAUUGGCAGCAGGUUACGAUUAGCCAUAUUUUUCGCCUUGAAGGGCAACAAAACACGGCGGUGCAGUAUAUUUUUCAGGGGGACGAUACCGUAGGGCAAAUCGAAGAAGUAUGCGAGCUGAAAGUUGUUGUUUAAUCAUGAUUCUGUUUUCAAAUUCGGGUUUUGAUGUUUUGCAUUUGAUGGGUUAAAUAUAUGGUUGGCGUUCGAUAGUUUGGGAUUAUAUGGCUUAGGAGUUUCGAUGGUUUAAGUGGUUCAAGCUUAGAUGCGGCUCGAUCGUUUAUGUUUAGAAAAGUUUCGAUGGUUUUUACUCUAGAGACUCCGACCAUAAUAUAUAGUACUGAACUCCCAAUUUGAUUAGUCUCUGACAAUAUCAGGUAUUUUUAGGUGGUAGUGGAAAUACUAGAUGAGUAGACAAAUGUGCAAAGAGGUGCCUCUAGUUUUCUAAUUCUCCCACCACAUCUUUUCUCCCAUUCCUCCUCCCCCCUUUCUUCGCCCCAUUCUCACACUUUGUACAUCACGGGCUUUGCGAUUACCAUUAACCUCUCGUGACCAACAAUCAUUGUCAUUUUGCCAUGGUUAAGAGUUGUGGGCGGUGGACGAGGACGGGAGUGCAAGCUAGAGUUAGAAUGACAAACAAAGCGUGUCUUCUAUUGUAGUUCUUAUAUCUAGUAAAUACCUUUCUAUAAGAUACUUAAACGAAGAUAAUAUCUUACAAUAUCAGGUACGGAAAUUUCAUAAGAUUUUUCAAU